UAGAGAAGAAAUAAUGGUGAGGAGGACCCGCCAUAGCCAAUGAGUUUUAAGUUUAAAGCAUAAGCAUAUGACUCCACACUUCAUUUUCUUCGUCUUCUCUCACUCUUUCAUCCUCUUCCUUGAACACCCAUUUCCCCCAAAUUAAUAACACAGGCCAGCUUCUCUUUCUUUCUCUCUCCAUUCCUGUCGCUUUUCAAAAAGCGAACCAGCUACUUUUCUCUCUCUCUCAAUACCUCAAUUAAUAUUAUUCCGUUUUUCUUCCUCUGUUUGGUAAUCGAGUCCGAGGCAUUCUUCUUCUUCCGUAUCUGAUCCGAGAAUCAUAGAGCCUCGAAAUCCCUACCCCCACUUAUUUUGAUUUCUUCACAGAGUAUUUUCAGUCGUAUACCAAUCUGUUGGUUUACAGAGCAACUCGGCUAAAAAAUGACAAGGAUUAGCCGUACUUAUAGUGACACAAUGCAAAGAGAGGGUGUAUCAGCUGUAUCAGCUGAUGUUAUAUUUGCUUCCAGUCGGUUUCCAAACUACAAGAUUGGACCUAACAAUCAGAUUGUGGAGGCUAAAGAUGAUCCCAAAGUACUAUCUAUGAAGGAGGUUGUUGCUCGCGAGACUGCUCAACUGUUGGAACAGCAGAAACGCCUCUCAGUUCGAGACUUAGCCAGUAAAUUUGAGAAGGGUUUGGCUGCUGCUGCUAAGUUAUCAGAAGAGGCUAGACUAAGAGAGGCAGCUUCACUGGAAAAACAUGUUCUAUUGAAGAAGCUUAGGGAUGCACUGGAAGCAUUAAGAGGACGUGUUGCAGGAAGGAACAAGGAUGAUGUAGAGGAAGCAAUUGCAAUGGUGGAAGCAUUAGCAGUUCAACUUACUCAGCGAGAAGGGGAACUAAUUCAAGAAAAGGCUGAAGUGAAGAAGCUAGCCAAUUUUCUUAAGCAGGCUUCAGAAGAUGCUAAGAAACUUGUCGAUGAGGAAAGAGCUUUUGCACGUGCAGAAAUUGAAAAUGCAAGAGAAGCAGUUCAGAGAGUGGAAGAAGCCUUACAGGAACAUGAACGAAUGUCUCGUGCAGCUGGGAAGCAGGACCUGGAGGAACUAAUGAAGGAGGUUCAAGAAGCUAGAAGGAUCAAAAUGCUCCAUCAACCAAGCAAGGUUAUGGACAUGGAACAUGAGCUUCAGGCAUUGAGACUGCAACUUGCCGAGAAGUCUAAGUAUUCCAUACUACUUCAGAAAGAACUUGCAAUAAGCAAGAAGGCAAUGGGAGACAACUCCAACUUGUAUGAGAUAGAUGGCACUGAGUCUUUGGGUUCGUAUCUUCGCAUCCAACCUUCUUGUGAUACUUCUCCAGACCUUUCAAAAUGCUCUAUCCAGUGGUAUCGCAUAGCAUCUGAAGGUGGCAAGAAGGAACUUAUUUCAGGAGCUACAAAAACCGUUUAUGCUCCAGAGCCUUUCGACGUUGGUAAAAUCUUGCAAGCUGACGUUAUUUUAGACGAUCAUAGAAUCACUUUGACAACCACUGGCCCCAUUGAUCCAGCUGCUGGUCUGGGAAGCUAUGUUGAAGCCCUCGUGCGGAAGCAUGAUGUUGAGUUUAAUGUAGUUCUUACUCAGGUGAAUGGAGUAAAUAAUCCAUCAGAAUCUAUACAUUCACUCCAUGUUGGAAAGAUGAGAAUAAAGCUCUGCAAGGGAAAGAACACAAUCGCUAAAGAAUAUUAUUCUUCAUCAAUGCAGUUAUGCGGAGUUCGUGGUGGUGGCAAUGCUGCACCUCAAGCAUUGUUUUGGCAAGCUAAGAAAGAUCUUUCUUACAUAUUAGCAUUUGAAUCUGAGAGAGACAGAAAUGCAGCCAUAAUGCUAGCGAGGAGGUUUGCUUUUGAUUGCAAUAUCAUUCUUGCUGGACCGGACGACCGAGCUCCAUCAGCAAACUGAUGAACCUCCCUUGUAGAUCUACCCUAAAUGUAAAUUAUUCUUAGCUCCCAAUACUCCACAUUUGAUAGUAGAAUAUGGCAUUGAGAACUGUUAUUAUUGGCUUCCACUUUUUGUUUGUGGUGCUUCUGUUUUCUUCUCCACAUCUUUCUUUCCUUCCUAACAUUAAGGCAUCUUGUUUUUCUGUUUGCCUUUCUGUUUCAGAGUCCUAACAAAGUAUGCUCUCUAUGACUGAAUUUGUGGUUGUGGUUCUUUCAACCAAUAGAUGUAAUGUAACCUGAAUUUUUUCGAGUAGUUGUUACUUUACAUGAUUGAUAUUUGCAUGAGUGAAGUUUUCCAAAUGUGGAUUCAACAACUCAAA